AUGCCACGAUCGAACUACGACAGGGCGUACAAGCACUUACACUUCAACUAUGUUCUGGGGAUUAUCACGAUCUUCACGGGCACAUGUAUACAUCGAUGGCGUGGGAGGAAUCGCGGCCAUUUUCUUCAUGGCGCCACUGUAUGGGUGAAGAAGUCAAGGGCGUCGAUGCACCCAGGCAUCCCCGUUGGAUUUGACCUGAUCACCGCGCUGUCCUUGGCUAGCUUGAGUGGAUUUGCAUGCGAUGUCAUGAUCACCUGGGGUCCCUGUGAUGUGAAAAAGAGCGAGGAAUGCGCCGUGACGAAAAGGAUAACAGCUACCGAGAGGACGGCGCAGGUUUUGACAUAUGACAGUGUAUUCCACUUGAUCCUUCUCGUCUUCGUGUGCAUGGCGUGUCACAAGGAGAGGCGGUUUCAGAAAAGCGACAAGGCGAAUGCCUAUGUCAUUGAGCUGCAACAGACCGGACCUGGGGUCCCUAAGGUCUGA